AUGGAUGCCAAGGACAUUCUAGGAAUACCAAAAAUUUCACUGCCCAUACCACAGGAAAAGAAAUCGAGACCCCAAAAGGAUUCUCAGAGAAAACCCGAUGGCAUUUCGCGCCUAGGUAGAUACGAUGGUUUAAAAUUCCCAACCUGCAAUGAAUUUGUGCUCAACUGUCCUAACAUAACCACUUUAGCACUAAAAGGAUUCAAACUUCAUGACUACAAGGCCCGUAUGCUGGUGAAGGGGCUACAGAAAUUGAAACAUAUUGACCUUUCAACAUCUUACUCAUUCACAGGUUCCUUUUUAAAGAACCUUAGUGCGAAUGGUGGUGGAGAUAAUUUGGAGGUGAUGAUUUUAAGGGACUGCAUGCAUCUCAAGGAAAUUGAAGUGGAACGCUUUAUGGCAGCUGUUCUUGCAGGAGAAUUCAAACACCUCAAACACCUUGACAUAUCUAACGGGGAAGGUCUAGCAUGUGAGGGUGACUGGUACAAUAGAUGUUACAGUGCCAGUUUUAUUCCUAUAAAGGAAGUAUUGGAACAAAGGCCUGAUUUCUGUCUGGUUCUAUAUCACGUGCUUGGGGCUAUACCCUCCGAUCAAGGGUCUGUUGGACCAGCAUUAACUGAGUUGUGUCUUGGUUUGCAAUCUGAAGAAGUAGCACCUGGGCGUGUUCGGGUUUUGGCAUUGAUAUUGAAGCUAUUUUCUACUUCAAAUGCAGUUGCAUCUUUAACUAAAUAA